UCUGUUCUUUGAAGAAACGUAAUGAUUUGCUGCAUUUCUUCAAAUAGUUUAGGUACGCCGUUUCCCAGACGAAUGGGCCCUUGAAUAAAGAAAGACUUUCAAUUGUAUAUAACACUCUAACGCGAGCGUUAGUGGCGUUUACAUAUUUCCCUAUGAUGUUCGCGAAGAUGUCGUCGAUCUUCAAAUAAUUCUGGGAUGAUAGAGUACUUUUCACAUCCUCUCUUUAAAUUUCUUGGAACCCCCCCCACACACACCGUUGAGUAAAAUGCCUGCCAGUGCUCCUCCUCUGAGCUGGGCUAGUUGGGAGUUUUGGUGCGGAUACAGCUCAGUGCCAUUGCUCUCCCUCUGCUCGCUCGCUCGCUCCCGCCUGCGGACGUUUCCUUGUGUUUGUGAUGAAGUGACAUCACUCGGGCACACGCUAACCCGAGCCGUGGAGCCGCUCAGUGCUUCGGGGCUCGGCUGGGAGACGCCGUGCGAGGCUUCAGUAAUAUGGCGUCCAUAGGUGACUUCGAUCCUCUGCAUGCCAACAUCCCGGCCACGAGAGUGGAGAUCACCAUUUCUUGCAGGAAUCUUUUGGACCGAGAUACAUUUUCUAAGUCAGACCCAAUUUGCGUUUUGUACCUACAAGGUGUUGGAAACAAAGAAUGGAGAGAGUAUGGAAGAACAGAAGCUAUUGACAAUACUUUGAAUCCAGACUUUGUGAAAAAAUUCAUUCUGGAUUACUUCUUUGAAGAGCGCCAGAAUCUUCGAUUUGAUUUGUAUGAUGUUGAUUCAAAGAGUUCAAACUUAUCCGAACAUGACUUCCUGGGUCAAGCAUUCUGCACGUUGGGAGAGAUCGUGGGUUCGCAGGGAAGCAGGCUAGAAAAGCCUCUUGUAGGAAUUCCUGGAAAGAAAUGUGGAGCAAUUAUCCUAACCGCAGAAGAAUUGAGCAAUUGUCAUGAGGUUGUGAUGAUGCAGUUCUGUGCCAACAAAUUAGAUAAAAAAGAUUUCUUUGGAAAGUCAGAUCCAUUCCUUGUGUUUUUUCGAAGCAAUGAAGAUGGAACAUUUACCAUUUGUCACAAGACAGAAGUUGUAAAGAACACGUUGAACCCAGUGUGGCAAGCCUUCACAAUCCCUGUGCGUGCUCUCUGCAAUGGUGACUUCGACAGAACUAUUAAAGUGGAAGUGUAUGACUGGGACAGAGAUGGAAGCCAUGACUUUAUUGGAGAAUUCACCACAAAUUACAGAGAGCUUUCCAGGGGACAGUCACAGUUCAACGUAUAUGAGGUGCUAAAUCCAAAGAAGAAAGCAAAAAAGAAAAAAUACAUUAAUUCUGGAACAGUUACAUUGCUUUCCUUUGUAGUUGAAACUGAGAGCACUUUCCUUGAUUACAUCAGAGGAGGGACACAAAUCAAUUUCACAGUGGCCAUUGAUUUUACAGCAUCGAAUGGCCAUCCCGCUCAACCAACUUCUCUACAUUACAUGAAUCCUUAUCAACUUAAUACUUAUGCCAUGGCUUUGAAAGCAGUAGGAGAAAUUAUUCAGGACUACGACAGUGACAAGAUGUUCCCAGCAUUGGGAUUUGGUGCCAAGUUGCCUCCAGAUGGAAGAAUUUCACAUGAAUUUGCUUUGAACGGAAACCCUCAUAACCCAUAUUGCCAAGGAAUUGAUGGGGUUAUGGAAGCAUACUAUCUAAGUCUAAAGUCGGUGCAGCUGUAUGGACCAACCAACUUUGCUCCAGUAAUUAAUCAUGUAGCAAGGUAUGCUGCCUCUGUUAAGGAUGGUUCACAGUAUUUUGUCCUACUUAUUAUAACUGAUGGAGUCAUCUCAGAUAUGGCACAGACAAAAGAAUCCAUUGUCAAUGCCGCUUGUUUUCCGAUGUCAAUAAUCAUUGUUGGAGUUGGGCCUGCAGAAUUUGACGCAAUGGAGGAACUGGAUGGGGAUGAGGUUAGGAUAUCAUCAAGAGGAAGAUACGCGGAGAGGGAUAUUGUUCAGUUUGUGCCUUUUCGCGACUAUGUUGACAGAACUGGAAACCAUGUGCUGAGUAUGGCUCGACUUGCAAAGGAUGUUUUAGCUGAGAUUCCAGAUCAGUUUCUCUCAUACAUGAAAUCAAGAGGAAUUAAACCAUCCCCUGCUCCACCUCCAUACACUCCCCCAGGUUAUCCUUUGCAGACACAGCUUUAACCGAGUUACCCCAUCAUUCCUAAUUGUCAUUCUGACCUGAACUGAUUACACUGGAUGUGUCUGCUGUAUUUUAUUAUCAGGUUGCACUACAAAGACUUAAUGGAUGUUGACUGCGUUCUACUUAGAAAGCAUCAAAGAAUUUCGACUGGGUUUCAGAUUGCAUGGUGCCAAAACAUGAGGCAAAUCAUAGGGAGAGGCUGCAUGAACAGAAAGGAACUGAAGCUUUCUGCGGGAGUGUUGGGGCAGGGCUAGCUCCUUAUUCCCUUAUCAGACUUGUAUCCUUUGGAAUAGAAGCCCUUUUUAGAAAAAGGAGAAGUGAGAAUGGGAAAUGGUAAAAUUUGCAGCUUAACUGGAAUUGAAGUCCUUAACUCUUGUAAAUAAUUGAGAAUGAGCAGUUUGUUUUCUUUUAAUGUUUACAUAUAGAUUCUUUUUAUAAGUAAAUCCUUUUUAUAAGCACACAUUUCCUGUAAACGCAGUUUUAAAUAUUGAAAUUGUUGUGAGCUAUUACUUUGAUGCACCUCCAUUUGUUGCUGACUUGGAUAAGGAUGCCUGCUCCAGGACACCGGUGACUCUCAAACAAUGGGGCACAUAAAUCUGUCCAGCAGAGGCUUGCGGAUGGGUUUAACUCUUCAAUCAGCAUGGCCUUCUGCCACAAACAAACUAGUACUUCAGUUCCUCAUGCCUAAUUAGUGGGUGAUCCUUUCCAGUCACUCACACCACUCACAUGUUAUCCAGUGCAAUUACUUCAAAAAUAGGCAGAGGUGAAAACAAAGAGAAAACUGGGGAAAAAAAAGAAUGGAAAAACAAAAAAUGGAGAUAGAAGGACUACUGAGAUGAGACAGGAAAAUAGUAAAAAUGUUGCAAGCUUUAUAGUUUGACCUGUAGCCUCCUGUUUGAUUUGAUCAGGAAUUUCCAACCUGGGGCCUCGGACCCCUUAGUUAAUGUUCAGGGUCCAUGGCCAUAAAAAAGUUGGGAGCCCCUGGAUUAGAUGAAGUAUAAGGAAUUUUGAGAAAUGCUGCACUACAUUAUGCCAACCGUGGGCAAACCUGUACCUUUCAGGUAACUGUGCCAGAAAUGUAAUUGCACAAUAUGUGGUCUUGUGCUUCUGAAUUCUGUUUAUUAAAAUGUAAUUUAAUUUGUAACGUGUUUGUUUAGCUCUUUCAGCACAUGCUGUAACAGCAUUUACAGUUCUGGAUGAGAAAUGCACUUUUUCUUUGAAUUGUGUGCUAGGUUAACUUCAGUACAAAAUGGCCUUAAAUUCUCUAACCACUACAAUGACUUUUUUUGCAUUAUGUCUUUGGAUAUUGACCAGUGAGGCAUGGUUUUAAAACUUUUUUUAAGCCAGCAUUGUAGUAGCUUUUUAAUUUUUCCCAUUGUUGUGGAAAUUUAGUGCUCAGCUUAUUUAAUGUUUUGCAUUUGUAUGGAAAUUUUUCACGUUAUACUUUAAAUAACAAUUAAUAUAAACAUUAUGCUUUUGCAAGGGGUGCUAGAAUAAAGGAAAAUUGUUGUUACUGUAAAUCUAUGGAUUUUUUAAAGCAAUUCCCUAAUAUGUAACUUUAUCAGAAUACAAAUUGAAAUUUAACAUGUUUACUAUUAAAAACAAUCCAAGUUCAUUUAAGAAAAACAAUUAAUCAUAAUAGGGAAAAAUACAAAUAUAUGCUCUCAAAACAAAGAAAAUUUUCCUGACUUUUGUAUACUUCAUACCUUUACUAAACUAUAUUUAUGCCACCUGUUGUGGGUCAAAUUCCUUUGUAUGAUGUUAAAUCAAAUCAUAGUUUUUUUAAACACUAGAAUUAGCUGCGAUAUAAAUUUUUAUGAUCAGACUAAUUAGAGAAUAUGGGACCAAGUGUACUUUACCAUUUGAGCAACCCCAAAAAAUAACUUGUGGGAUAAAUGUUUUUGUCAAGCUGGUGCAGUAGUACAGUAGAACCAUUUUAUCAGAUGGUACAUUUUUGCCAAGAGGGAAAAUGAAAGCACAUAAUCAAUUUCAUACUUGAUGUAUCAAGAACCUAAAGGUCAUUAGAUUUUACAUCCACUAUCCUCUCCCAAGCAAAAACAAACAAAAUACAUUAUUACUGGGCAAAAGGUUCUUGCUUGGAUAGAGCUUUGGCAGAUUGGCAAGAUUGGGAAUAAAGGGAACUGUUUCUGAUUGGCUUCGGGUCGGGUGUUGUAGUGUAAUAAUUUGGAUGACGAUUGAUGGCUUUGUGGCCAAGCUUGCGGAUGAUGCGAAGAUAGGUGGAAGCGCGGAUAUUAUUGAAGAAACAGGGAGGCUGAAGAAGGACUUAGACAGAUUAGGAAUAGGCAAAGAAGUGGCAGAAUGGAAUACAGCGUCAGGAAGUGUAUGGUCGUGCACAUUACAAAAGGGAAGAAAAUUUUAAAAUCUAACGUGCGAAGGGACUUUGGGAAUACUCUUGCAGGAUUCCCUAAAGAUUUUGAGUUGUUGGUGAGGAAAGCAAAUGCAAUGUUAGCAGUCAUUUCUUGAGGACUAGAAUAUAAAAACAAGAAUGUAAUGUUGAGGCGUUAAACGGCACCAGUGAGGCCUCACUUGAGUAUUUUUGAGCCCUUUAACUAAGAAAGGGUAUCGUUACACUGGAGGAGGUUAAAAAGAGGUUCACAAAAAAUGAUUCCAGGAAUAAAAGGUUUAUCAUGUGAAGUGUGUUUAAUGGCUCUGGGAUUGUACUCACUGGAACUUAGAAGAAUGUGGUGGUAUCUCAUUGAAAGCUAUCAAAUGUUGAAAGGCCCAGAUAGAGUGGAUGCAGAGAGGAUGUUUCCUAUAGUGGGUGAGUCUAGGACCAGAGGCCACAAGCUCAGAAUAGAGGGACGUUCCUUUAGAACAGAGAAAAGGAAGAAUUUCUUUAGCCAGAGGGUGGUGAAUACAUUGAAUUUGUUGCCAGUCUGUGAAAGCCAUGUCAUUGAGUGCACUUAAGGUGAAGGUGGAGGUUGAUAGAUUCUUGAUAGGUCACGGCAUGAGUGGUUACAGGAAGAAGGUAGGAGAAUGGGGUUGAGAGGGAAAUAGAAUAACCAUGAUCAAAUGGCUGAGCAGACUCGAUGGGCUAAAUGACCUAAUUCUGCUCCUGUAUCUAAUGGCCUUAUUAUGUCGUGGUAUAAAUCUAGCAACAGUUGAUAUACAACCUUUCCUCUUUUUGUAUUAUUCUUUCUUGGACAUCGAUAUAAAAUCAGGCCUACUAACUUGUUUGGAUUGUUUGUUUAGGGUUUGUAUUGCUACAGACUUUGGCUUUUACCCUACAUAAUCAUCAAAUUUUGUAAUCAAAUGGGAUUCCAAUAACACUAUCAUUAUCUUUAUAUGUUUCUAAAAGUUCGUAUUUGAACAGCUCUGAGAGUUAAUGGUAUAUUACUGAACAGUUUAGUUUGUCGAAGAAGCAUGUAACAAUUCAAGUUGUAGUGAAGUAUGGUUUGAGUGAAGUCCUAUUGAAAAGUGAUAUUUCAAAACUGUGCUCUGAAUGUUUAGCACCAAAUAUAAUGCUAUACACUUUUUACAUGUUAUCAUACAGGUUGUUUUCAUUAACCCUUAUGUUGUUUACUUAAUGAAGUAUUAUGUGUGAUUAUUUUAAUAUUGAGAAAAACUGUAAAUUGAAUACUGUUAUUUUCUGACAUUAUUAGAAGUAGACAAACCACUGACUUGAAGGAUAUUAUUCAUUGGUUAUCUUAAUGGAUACUAGCACACAAUAAUUAUACUUUCCUCUCAGUGUAUAGAACACUACUAUAGCAUCAUUAAGGGUAUGUGGAAUGUAAAGUUAUAUUUUAUUUUGAUAUGCAUUUCAAAUAACUGAAUGAUUGUUAAACACUAAGUAAGAAGUCAGUGAUUAAAUUUAUGUGUCAUUAAGAUUUAAGAGAAUAUUAAACUUUAUUAACUCAUAAUGCUCAAGAAUGGCACAGCCAUCAUGACUGUGAUGCCAUCAUGACGUUCAUGCUGACUUCUGGUGCCUGCAACUCAAGAAACCUAGUCACCCUACCAGUUGGUUUAUAUAUUAAAACAUAAUUUCUCUAGACUUGCAGUGAAGAAUAAUUGUUUAUAACAUUUAAACCAACAAAUAAAAUAUGAGAUGUAAUCAGACAAAUUAAAAUUGGGAAAAUAUAGCUCUGUAUGAAGGGGCAGCAUCAAAUUAAUAUGUUGCAGGUAUUCUUGCUGGAUAAGGGUUAUGCAACCCUUUUUAUUAAUAAUAUUAAUUUAAAGUGGUUAUCAUGGGAGAAAAUAGUUUCUUCUGUAACCCAGUAAAGUUUCAAUUAUUCUCUAGUUAGCUGUCAUAAAAAAUAACUGAGCAAUACCUCACUUAAAGAGCUGGUGUUAAUCCCAGAUUUCCUUAGAAAUUGAUGCUUCCAGGAAUGUUAUUUCACCAUCCCUUCUAAUAAAAUUUUAUUAGAAAAUUAAAAUUGAUUGAAGCUGGUAUUGCCAGUGUUACAAAACUGCCAAAAUAUUAUAUUUCAGGAAAUGUAACAUUGAUCAUUUAUUUCGCUAACUUCUCCAGCAUUUUAGACUGCAUAAUGUGAAAUGAGUAAUAAUCUCACCAAGAAAAACAAUGUUCAGUUGUUUCAAUUUUGAUAUAUGUAAAUCUUUGCUCCAUCACAAAUCGGAACUUUUUAUUAAAAGUAUCAGGUAUUUUUUUUCUAGAAUAAAGGAAGUCAGUCAUGGAAAUGUUAUUUAGUAUUAUAACAUUCACUAUAAAUGUGUAUUUUUUCCUCUAAUGGGAACAGAAUAAAAUGACAUAGCAAUUUCAAAAUAAAUUGAGCCUUUAUUAUAAAGAGCUUCUGCAUCAAUGUGAAUUUUUGUUCACAAAAUCUGGAAUUAUAAAGUAACGUAUGUACAAACACCUCCUUCAUGCUGUUACCUCAGAUAGAUUUCCAACUUCGCUGAACAACUCUGCAAAUUCGUUUUUAUAAAUUGUUUAAGUAACUAAGUUUGGCUUUCAAGGGUUCAGACUAGGAUGCCCAUUACUAGAAAUAAAAUGUCCUAAUUUUUUUCCCCUCAGAAAUUAUUAUCAUAUGUAGUGGUGAUGUAAUUACCCCAUUUGUAGCAUUAUACUGUACAUCCAUGUUUUCAAAUUGAGUAAAAUAUCUUGAUAUUUUGAUAUGCAUUUCAAAUAACUGGUAAAUAUCAAUUUAAAUAUCAUUUCAAAAAAUUGGUGAAUAUCAAUUAAUUUCUUGAUAUUUUACCAGAAAUUAAUUUCUUAAUUUAUCCAUGUCAUAUAACCCUCUUCUGGUCUUUGGAAAGACUUUGAAAUAUGUUAUUACCUUCUUAUUAUAGAUAUUGUCCCACUGAAUUUUACAUGUGUUUGUCCAGGGUUAUCAUUUAUGCUUUGUUUAUGUGUAAUGUUUAGCUUUGAAUGUAAAUUAUAUUAUUCAGUAUAUUAACUUUGGGAUUUCUGAUAAUCCAAAUAUAAUCUUGACAAAUCACAGAAAUCAGAGGAUAGACAGCAUACUUAGGUGUUUAAUUCCCUCUGGUCUUACAAAGCUUAACAUUUAAUGUGAGUUAUUUUCAUUAUUAUUUUGAACUAUUUUAAAAUAAAUAGCAAUUUUAUGCAACUACUCAAAGGAGGAAAUUAAACUCAUAAGUUUUGAAUGCUAUUUAGAAUUGCUGAUUUAUUUUUUGAUAUGUAAUUUCUAUUAAAUUCACCAAGAGCUGG